CGGUGAAAAUAUGUGAUCGGACGUUACGAAAGUCCAGCUAUAAGUGUUGGAGAGGGGAGUAGAGGCUUUAUCUGCUCGAUGGGUUGAUAAGAACUCGGAAAGCGACAGGAGUUAGAAAAAUUUAAUCUUUGGUCAGAUUAGAGGCGAGCCAGUUGCAGCGUGCCGUGAAUCGUGCGGCAUGAAUAGUGUACUUCUGACCGUUACUUGCGGGUUGAAUUUCGUCACAGUUUAAUAGUCCAGAACUCGGAAUAAUCGCAUAAUGGUGAAGUACCACCCGCUGUUUCAAAAGCCGCAGGUUACCGCCUGGGCCUGCAUCUCCCGGCGUUUGAAAUUCAUCUUUUUCUAUGGGCUGUUUGUCGGACUGAUUGGACUGGUGAUUCACGUAGCCAAGAGAAACAGCAGCCUGUCGAGCAUCUACAACCUGCAAUCAUCCUUGGGCGACAUGCUGGAUUUGGAAAUGAGAUACCUGCCGAAAACAAACGGGUCGACCGGAUGGAAGCAAACGUCGGUUAAAGAGGGACACAUAUAUUCCGCCUACCUCGACACAAGACCAGAGCAAAUUUUGCAAGAGUCACACGAGGGAAUCGGAAACGAGACGACAUGGGCGAUGGUCAGAAUCAUCGCGAUACUACCGAGGUACAAUCCACCGGUGACUUGCGUCUACAAGUACCGAGGUAAACAGACCGAGGAUGGCGAGACGUUUGUGAUAAAGAAAAAAAAGGCGACUCGGACGAAGCCAGUAGCCAUAUCCGAGGGUUUCAACAUGUACUACAGCGCCUUCUUCGUACUCUGCGAUCUGACAAUGUCGGCGAAAAUGGACUACGAGGAGUAUUACUCCAAGCAGCAUCUGCCCUACGAGAUAACUAUCGCUCCCGGCAAUAUUACGGACUCCUACGAGCCGAAAAAUGAUUCGUUCGUACCGAUUUUCUAUCCAGAAAACGGCAUAUCGAUGGCGGAGUUCUCCACCAACUUCAUGGCUGUGUGCGUUCCCGUAUUGCACCACAACUUCGACAGGGUUACGAACCUGGUGGAGUUCGUUGAAUUUUAUCGAAUGAUGGGCGUCGGUCACUUCACCUUCUACAAUCGGUCGAUCUCAUCGAGGGUAGGAAAAGUGCUCGAACACUACAGAGACAACGGCGUGGCGACGAUUCUACCCUGGGAUCUACCACCCUACUUCAUAUUCGAGAAAAAUCUCAGAGUCGACGGUAUAUUCGCGGCCCUCAACGACUGCCUCUACAGAAGCUCGUUCCACAAAAGUUACAUGUACGUGGCCAGCGUCGACAUCGACGAGUUCAUCGUGCCCAGAAAACACAAGGACUAUCUGGACAUGAUGCAGUACCUCGAUCCAAUCGGUCCCCAUUUGCCCCUCAACGACCAGGCCUCCUUCUUAUUCAGAAACAUGUUUUUCUACCUGAUGUUCGACGACGAUCCCGUGACGCUGGCGCCAGAAAUACCGAAGCUGUACACCCAGUCGAAGACGACGAGGACGAUGUUUGCAAACCCCGGAAGAGAACGGAGCAAGUACAUCGUCCGGAGUAGACAGACAGUCGAGCUGGGAAACCAUCACACUUGGGAACUGAGGAAAACAGCCUCGGCAUUCAACAAACGGUACAAGGAAGUCACCGUCGACGUGCAGGUCGCAGCCUCACAACACUACCGAAGCUGCGAGACGAACAUCGAAACGUGCUGGUUGAGGCAAACCGUGAAAGACACUUCAGCCCACAAAUUCACAGCGGCACUUGGGGAACGAGUUUCCAAAGCGUGUAAGGGGAUUUUCGAGAAUGGCUGUCCGGAGGACGUCGCAAACCAGCGACCGGACCGAGACGCCGCGAAGGUUCAAGUGGCCGAUAAGGAGAAAGAAGCGGAUAAGAAGGAGUCGAGUGCUCAUGGUGAAGUGACAAAUUCCAGUGAUUUAAACCGUGAGGAAAAGGGCAGGUGAAAAUGGACCAAACAGAGUGUCUUUUGCACUCAGAAUUCACGAUAUAGUGUUGAUGAAAAUUGUACAUUCGAAAUCGGAUAAGCUGCUGUUACCUCUGUCAUCUUCUGAUUGCGAUCGGUUUAUUGGACGUUUUAGUAAUAUAUUUCUAACCGCGUUUCGAAUCAACAACGAACACGAUAUGUUUCGCCGUAUAAUCUCGCCUCAAUGACGUUUAUUUUACGAGGACAAUAUUUUUUUGGCACCUAUAUAUAUAUGUGUGUGUGUGUGUGUGUGUGUGUGUAACAUAUAGUUAUUAUUCGAAGAUGUAAUUAGGUACGAACUCCGCGAACGAACUGAAGGAGUUGGAACCAUCGUUUGAACGAACUUGUAAAUAUACAAUGAAAAUCGA